AUGAACUUUCACACUUCUCACAUGGAAAAUGAGCCAUUCUAUAGUGUGCCCACCGAUGGUGAUGCAGUCCAACAGGCUCUUCCGAAUACCCUUAUUCAGAUUCAGCCAGGUUUAGAACGCGCCUUUCGAGCUAAGCUCCAGGAAUCUCCAUAUUGCGAUCUACGUUGCGGUUGCGAGGUGAUUGCCAGAGAAGCCACCGGCUCAGGAAUUGUGGCAACGUAUCGUACUCAAGACAACGUCUGUAAAGGGAUCACCGGGCAAUGGCUUGUAGGUGCGGAUGGGAAGCGAGGUGUAGUACGGAAACACUUUUUGGAAGAUGCAGCAGGCAUACGGCAAGUCAAUGGUUCUUACCAGUAUGACGGAACUUGGAUCGCCGCAAAUCUAAAGAUCACCCUACCAACGCCUUCGAGUCACCCGGAAUUGCCUUUAUGGCCACUCGGAUACACCCCAGAAGACGUAUUCGACUUGUUCUGGCCCAAAGGCUGGCAUUUCUGCAGCCCUCCCGGGAAAGCUACCGCCGGCGGCCGAUUUGGCCCAUACAAGGAGCGCCUGUGGCGACACGAGUUUGAGCAAGGAAACUGGGAUGACUCAAUGGAUGCUGAGAAGCUGCUUUGGGAACAACUUGAAAUCAUGUUCACUCGUCAACGGGAUGGGCGCUACCAACCACUGCCUUUUGGCACCGUUUCAUUUCCAAAGGACUGCAUUGAGAUACUCCGCUGUCACCAAUUCCGCUUCACACACAAAGUCGUCAACAAAUGGUUCCAUGAUCGCAUCAUCUUGAUCGGCGAUGCCGCACAUGUUUUCCCACCAUUUGGCGGUCAAGGAAUUGCAUGUGGACUGAGAGAUGCACAUCAGCUUGCAUGGCGUCUCUUCUUGCUCACACGUCUCCCAAGUGUCGACCGACCCUUGGGUGAUACGUUACUUGCAACAUGGGAAAGGGAGCGAACUUGGGGUGUAAAGGAAGCUGCAACCAUCACCAAGAUAAAUGGACAACUCUGCAACGAAGGUGAUACCUACAGUUUCUGGAUUUUUCGGCUUGUCAAGUGGAUUUCACAGCAACUGCCUUUUAUUCCCUCUGAGCCUGACCUAUUCCUCAAAUGGGAACAGAGAGGAUACCGGUCAGUCGAUGGGUUCCAUCUCAAGCAAUAUGGGGGUGGUGGUAAAAUUGCACAAGUGUAUGUUGACUCCGACGGCGACGGCCCCAUGCUAUCUGAUCAGCUGAUAGCCCAUACGUCUAUCGUAACUCUUCUGGUCAUCAGCAACAUUCCCCAAGACCUCAUUCUUCAGGCUAAAGAAGUGAUUCAAUCAUUCAACUUUCCGAAGCAGAUUAUCAACGACCAGUGCAUCAGAGCUUUCUCUUCAUCAAGACCUCCUGAUGUGGAAAUUGCAACCGAAACGUGUUUUCCAACGCCAAUACCGGACAUUGGAGAAGACGUUCGCGAGGGCUAUAAUGAGUCAAACUUCAUAGAGCGCUUGCUUCCCAAUGCUUGCUUUGUGCUUGUUCGGCCCGAUUUUUACAUAUUUGCUCAAGCAAGGACGACGGAAGAGCUGGUGGCCAGUCUCCAGAAGCUCAAGGAAAUUUUCAUCCUUCAGGUAUCAGAUUAG